AUGAAAUGCACCGUCUUUCUCGUCGCUGCCAUUGGUGUACUCGGUGUCGUCACAGCUGCCGACCAAGCUGCUGUGAAAACACCUGCCGAAGCGCUCGAGCAGAUCCGGUCGACGGCUUUGCCCGAUGGUGUCGCACUGACCGGAACAACAGAGAAGAUCGACCCACCUGCUACAGCUGCUGCGGUUGCUCCGAAGGGAACCGACGUCAAGGAAGACAAACAGCACAACGACAAGGAGGACUCGGCGGACUCGGAGGACGACGAUGACGACACGAAGAAGGAGCUAUUCGGCUUCGGCUGGGGCGGCUAUGGGCCCUACCGCUUCGGCUUCACCUACGGCGGCAUCGGCGGCUGGGCGUACCCGUUGAACUACUGGAACACCUUUGGCUCGGGUCUGAUCGGUGGCGGGUGCGGCCUCGGUAUUCCUUUUGGCGGUCUCUACUACUGCUAG